AUGUUCUCCUCAAUACCCUCGGCUUCAAGCCCCGGAAAGCCCCCACCGGCUAUCCAGUAUGACCCGGGCACCAACAAUCGACCUAAAGCUCCGAUCACAUUAGAAACCUUAGUAAACCCCCCAGAAAAUGUCCCGAUAUUGUCUUCUUCUCCACCUCAAGCUUCAAUUCAAGCUCCAAUUCCAGCUCCACCCAAAAUGUCCAUUUCGAUUCCACCACCGCUACAACAGCAACAACAACUUCCUUCUCUUACUUCAAACCUUCCUCCAAACUCUCCUUCCUACUUUUCCCAUCAUGUCUACCCUCCUUCCACUGCCACUACCAUCGCCACUCUUCCAGGCUCUUCCAGCAUGACCCCAUCUGGCUUAGCAUCCGAAGCCACAGCCACAGCCACAACAAUAUCAACAACAAUAUCAACAAGAGAAUCUUUGGCCUAUGGCCACGCGACCUCAAACAAUAACCAAAUAAACCAGUCUGCCAGUCUGAUUGCACCAACAACUCCAACCUCUGUCCCUGCUAUCCCCUCUGUUUCCAGUGUCGCAUCCUCUUCAUACUCAUUUAUGAACAACCCACCUCUCAUGACUGCCUCUCUUCCACUCCAAGGACCACCAUUGGCCAUGGUUGCUGCUGCUGCUGCUGCUGCUUCAAGUGUCACAGCUGCUUCAAUCUCUUCAUCUGUUUCACUAGCUCCUAUUCCAUCCACUGCCACUACAUCCACUACAUCCUCCUUAUCAUCAUCCCUGUCAUCUUCAACAGUAACAAGAGCCACUACCCUUCCAGUAUUCUCUUCCAAUGCCUAUCUCGACUUUCAAGGACAAAAACCAACAGUAAACACCCCCAGUGGUGGUGCUACCACCCAAAAAUUGGUGGCACAGUCAUCUACAAAUCCCCAGCAUUACCCAUCAGGAUCUUAUACUGUGCCCCCAAUUACAGCAUCCACCUCAACAACCACUCCAGCCAUUCCAUCUCCAUUCAUCCCACCUCUCUCGUACCAUAAAUUCAGAUCCCCAUCUCUUCCAGCAAACUCGCUUCUGGAUCAAAAUACUGAUCUUUCCUCCUAUCUCAACUCUUUAAGCUACACAGAUCUCCAAAACAUGCUACACUCAGACCCAUCUUCAGAAUCGUCAAAUGCCCCCUUUGAAGAUGAAAAAAGAACCCUCAUUGUAGACGUGCGGCCCUACACACAAUAUUCCAAAUCAAGAAUUAAAUCAGCUAUCAACAUUUGUAUCCCCUCCACUCUCUUGAAAAGAUCAACAUUCCCACUCUCUCGCUUUGGUGAAUGUAUGGUACCAUCCCAACGCACUUGCAUCGACAACCUUGGCAUUUACUCUUCAAUAGUUAUUUAUGAUCAAUCAACGGAAAAAGUAUCAACCACAAUUUACUCGCCAAUUGUCUACACUAUCCUCAAGUUUAGUCAGUCAAAGUCUCUCAAGGGUAAACUUUACUACCUCCAUGGUGGCAUUUCUCUUGUUCAGGAGAAAUAUCCUGAUCUUAUAGAAGAUAAUGUGAUUGAGUUUUCCGACAUGGCUGCUCAAGGACAAGGCCAACGUGCAGCUCCACCAAACUCUCUUUCUCUAUCAAGUGAAAAUAAUAAUGACGCUGCUAAUAAUAAUAAUAAUAAUAAUAAUAAUAAUAAUAAUAAUAAUAAUAAUAAUAAUAAUACCUCCUCAACGAAUACCACACAAACAUUUAAUUUCCCUCCUGUCCUCACCGGCUUUAGUCUUCCCUUGAGCUCAAUCAAAGAUGAUCCCAUCAAGCCCUUUGCAUCAAAAAUAAACGGUGGAAAAGGAAAUGAAAAACUUUCAGAUUAUGACUUUUCACCUCUAAAGCUCCCCGCAGACAUGAGCUCUACGGAAAUUAACACUUAUUUCCCCAUUUGGUUGCGUGACAUUAUCCAAUCUGACUCUGGAACUCAAAAAAUUGUCCGUCGCUUUAAUCAUAUUGAAGAGGCUCAAAAAGCUCGUCUACAAAGUGCCUUUUCUCAAGGAUUUAAAAAACCUUCUAAUACAUCGCCACACCCUCCUAUCUCAUCAUCAUCAUCAUCAUCAUCAUCAGCUGAAUGUACAAUAACUAAUAAUGCACCAUCACCACCACCACCACCACCAUCAAAUCAUAACAACAUUAAUAGCAUAAACACUCCCAUCAAUAGCAUAGCCCCUAAAAAUGUCCUUCCUUCUUCCUCGUCAACACACCUAACCCCACAGCAUGUUCACCUCAACUUCUCUAGCACUACUGUCAAGCCUUCAUUGGCUCUCCACAAUACCAUCAAUAACUCAAGCCAUAAUAGUGAUGAAAUCACUGAUGACUGCUGUGAGCCUGUCACCCCAGAUGACCUACAAGUCAAGUACUCAUUUUCGGCUGGAGUGGAACUUGGCGCCAAAAACAGAUAUACCAACAUUUGGCCUUACGAUCACACCCGUGUGCGUCUCCCCGAGGUUAUGCCGGAAGAUGAGAAACCAGACCCAUAUAACGAUAUUAACGACACUAACGACACUAACAAUGCUAACAAUGUUAAAAAUUUAGCCCCCACCGGCACAAGUAAUGAAAAUCCAUCCAAUACCAAUGAAAAUUCAUCCCUACAGGACCCCCUACAGCAGCUCAUUCUGAGUUCUAAACCCUAUAAACAGUUUCCAAUUAUUGAGGGCAACACCACUUCCGAUGUGACUUCCAGCAACAAUAGUAAUGACUACUUUAAUGCUUCUUAUAUUUCUCCCAAUGGCUCUUUAAACCGCUACAUUGCAACCCAAGGUCCUCUCCCAGACACUUUUAACGAUUUUUGGAAUGUUGUAUGGGAUAAAAAAAUUCCUCUCAUUAUAAUGCUUACUGCAGAGGUUGAAGGUGGCCAAAUCAAGUGCCACAGGUAUUGGGAAGAUGGGAUUUAUGGUAAUAAUACCCCAGUAGAUGGGGUGAGCAGUACCGGCCACCAAUUCAAAUUGACGCUGAUUUCUACCCACGAGGAAAAACUUUCAAAAAAUACUGGAAACUCUGUUAUUGUUCGACGCUUUAGGUUGGUAAAUACAGGGAUCACAUCAUCAACAGAUAAUGCUGGCAUGCCUAAGUCACAUACUAUUGUUCAGCUCCAAUAUACCUCAUGGCCAGAUUUGGGGUCUCCUGCAACUCCAGAGGACCUCAUAGAGCUCUGCAGCGUCAAAGAUAAAUAUCUUAAAGAACUUAUUGGAAAUAAUAGCUCCAGCAUUGGAGCUUCUUUAAGCCCCAAAAAUUCCUCUUCUAAAGCUAAAUCGCCUCUUCCAUGGGUUCUUGUCCACUGUUCUGCUGGAUGCGGCCGCACUGGCACUUUUUGCACAGUAGAUAGCGUCAUUGAUAUUCUCCGUGAAUACGGCAUGUCUUCAUUGCCUAAGCGAAAAAUUCGUCUUAGACAAGUUUCUGGAGGUUCUUCUAACCUCCAAGUUUCUUCUGCCACUUCGCAAACCUCAGAAGCAUCGGAUUCUAGUUUAAUAGGUGAAAUAUCUAGUCCUACACCUCUCACUACCAAACAAGUUGAUUUCGAGAACUACGACCUGGUUUACCGUACAGUGCAUGAUUUUAGACGCCAACGACUCAGUAUGGUUCAGGUUUUGCGCCAAUACAUGCUAUGCUAUGAAACUGUCAUUAUGUGGAUUCAUAAGCAAUACCUUCGAGAGCAUGGUAAACCGGUAUCUUCACCGAAUUCUGAAACUUCUCUUACAAAUGAUUAUGUUCCUAAAACAGCAAUUGGUACAACAAGUAUUAAUAGCUCAGGGUCCAUUGCUGGGGAUGAUCUGCUUAGUCCAACCAUUAAAACCAGACGCCACUACUCAACUCCAGCAGUGGUACUCAGUCCUAUUUCUAAAGAUUCUCGAACCACAGUUAAUGGUGUCACAGCCAAAGUCAAAUCACCUGUGCUAGUGAAUGGUAACAGUGGCGCAUCUUCACCUGCUGUUAUUUCACAUACUGGUGGAUCACGGUCAUCCUCUGUUGGAAGUCUCUUACCCACUACACCGGUGCGCGAAUCAUUGCUGGUCAAAACACAUAGACAACAUCAGCAUCAAGCUGUUGAUGGUGGCAGUGGGUCACAUGUGCACCUCAAGUGA